GUGGUGGAGCGGGAUGCCUUGGCGGAGAAGUGCGGCCAAGAUGGACUGCUUCGUUUGUCCUUCCAGCUACCCAGUGGUGUAUGGGUAGCCACAAGCAGCAUCAAUUUGGCUAAGAAGACUUAUGAGGUCAAAGAGGGUGAGCCUCCUCCACCGGUGGUGCUGAAGGAUUUCCUGAAGUUAAAGGCUCUGCGGCAAGAGAAUGGUGAGAAGCUGAAUUUCGACCUAUGCUUUGACAUCACCAGCGACCUCAGUGGCCUCCGUGCCCUGCAGAAGUGGCUAAACCGCGGCCUGCAGAUUAAGCUAUGGUACCUCCCCCCAAAGCCGCCCCCUACGCCCGAGACCGUUGCGGAGGCCGAGGCUUCCGCGGACGCCACGGCGGAGGCUCCGGAGGGUACAGAAGCUGGUGCUGAGGCAGAGCCUGGCGAAGGCUGCGCCGGACCUCCAGCUACUGAAGCUCCUGCGGACAUUGCCAUUUGCGUGGGCGGCUGCGUGGUGCCCUUGGCCAGCAUGUUCCAGCGGGCCUGUGACAAGGUGUCAGCAGAACAGCGGCCCUGCCCAGAGCCCUGGCAGCAUACGGCGGAGGCUGGUGUGGUGCCGAUGGCUCAGUGGCUUAACCCGGACAUCCAAGUCCCGAAGGUUAAGAAGGAGGACAGAGAGAAAGAGAGGCCUCUCUCCGGCAAUGCCCAGCUGGACUUAGCGGUCACACUCUACGGGAUGCCUUUGGAGGAUGUUGUGGAGUCUGAGGAGGAGGCCCCACCAGCCGCCAAGGCCAAGGCCAAAGCCAAAGGCAAGAAGUAG